ACCUAGAAGUUGUGUAAUUUCGGAAUUCGGUUAGUCAAAAUUCACAAAUGUUUUGAGGCGAGAAGGAGGUAGUGCCAUGGAUGAUUCAGGCCAAGAGGAGUACGUCUCUGUUUCGCGUUACGAUCGCCAAAGGGAACUGGCCAAAAGGCGACUGCUUUUCUGGGCAAGACGUCUUCAACUAAUGCCCCAUGAGGUAGAAAAGAUGUCAGAUGGGGAACUCAAUCAGAGAUGGCAAAUCAUUAAAAGAGAGGAAGACAAUUUUGACAAUCGGCAGGCUUUGUUCGAUCGCUGGAAACAACUUCAUGAGUUAAGAUAUCUUAUGUAUGAGGAGCAAAGGAAGUACAAUGAGCGUUAUGGACCAGAUGGAACCUCUAUCUGGCGAAUUCUGGCCAUGGCCCAGCAGGAUCUGGAAAAGAAACUCCAGAUAGAUAGAAUUCGUGGCAGUUGCCAGCGUUUUCCCUCGCCCAUGUGCCUUAUGGAGGAAGAACGACAGAGUGGGGGAAACCAACUUUUGCUGGAACCCCUAAAAUCAAUCCUAGUUGGCUAUGAUUCCGAAUCAGAGGAUGAGCUAAGACUGAAGAAGGUCACUAGAUAUAUACCUACAAGAUGGCCAAAACGGAGAAACCAUAGUCCUCCGAUUUCCAACCCAGAAAGAUAUAAGCAAAACCACAAUUUCUGCAAAGAACACCUUGAGGAAUGCCAACUACGUUUCUCAAAGAAAAAAAUCAAUCUUCAUGGUACAAGUGAAGACUCCUUUAAAAGCCUACGAGAACCUCCUCCAAAUCUGGGCUUCUGUCCUAACUGCGCCAAAAGACACCUGCGAUUGCCACCUCGCUUCUGACCAGGUUAAAAUAAAUCAAAAAGUCCAAGACCUGUAUUAAGCCCUGUCCACUUUGUAUUCAAUAUAUUCAUAUACACAGAGGGAAAACCAAAUUGUCCACAUGAAUUAGAUAUAUCCGCAGAGCUAAAUACAUAAU